AUGUGUCAGCCAUGCAAUGGAACAGAACUGAUAUCUGCUGAUGCCACCACUUGUGUGCCUCGAAGGUGCCAAAAGUCAGGUGGACGAGUCGUAUGCAGGAAGUGCCCCUCUGAUUAUAUAUCCGUCACACAAAACUUCGACGGGUCGCCAAUGAAGGAAGUAACAUGCUUCAAGUGCCAUCGUGGGUACAAGGCUUAUGAUAACAAAUGUGUUAAGUGCGAGGUUUGUUCAUGUGGGAGAAAUGAGAUGGCCGUUAGUGGAAAAUGUCUGCCCAAGAAAUAUGUUAUGGAGAGGCCGAAAUAUAGUGAUAAUAAAUUACACCCAAAUGCUCUCUUGGAUAUUGUUAAACUGGAGUAUUUAUGUACGCAAGCAGAUACCAGAGCGUGUCACGCUCUAGCUAGGGAGUGUGUCAAAUAUUUAUACCUCACAGAUUUGGCAGGACCAUGUAGACUUUGGCUUCAGAAAAAUGGUACCUACGACGUUGAUUGUACGAAAAAUAUUACGGAUCUUAAUUCGGAUUUUGGAAAAUUAUUCGAGCUUUUUAUACCCGGUGAAAACUAUAAGGCUUUCCCAAUCUCCAUUCUAAAACCUGAUGGUAACUUUGUUCAGAAGGGUUCAUGGCCUCGAUCAAAAUUUCGAAAGAUAUUUUUGAUCGAUAAAAUUCUUUCUACGACAACAAAUAUGACAACAAUAGUCUACCUGAGAAAACUUCUGAUUGCUUUUAGAAUUGAAAGAGGAUUAAAAGAAUCGUUAAAGCUCUACAUCCACACUGAAGCACAUUUUGCUAUAAAAUCGCCUUUGGUUCAGCAAAUAACAACGACUCUACUUGUUGAUCACGAAAUGCCCUAUGCUAGCGUAUAUCGAGGAUUAGAAAUAUGGGGAGCUAUCCUUAGUUUAUUGUUCUGCAUCUAUGCCCUUGUUCAGUGGCGCAGCGUUAUCCGUAGAGGUGGAUUAUAUAUUUCUAUCAUUCCUUUAAUUGCAUCGGCUACGGCUGACGGCAUAUAUUUUGCAACUUCAUUCUCAACUCUCCACGCAUUGGCUGCUGAGGCGGGAAACCUUGGAAUAACAUUACCUCUCUCACAAACAGAAGAAAAUAUAAUUAAAAUCGUAUUGUAUUCAGUAAUUAUUUUAAAGAGUUUAAAAGUAGUGUGGAUAAACUGGAAUCAAUGUAGAGUUGAUGUAUUUUUUAUAGACUGGUUACAACAUCAUUCCUCAAUCUCAGAUUUGCCAACCACCGGAUAUAGGCAUGACUGGAGAUCGAUUUUGCUUGCUAAAGAGUGGAUGGAAUGGCAGGCGAAACGGAGAUCAUCACCAAUAGCUACAGUUAUUUGUACUCUUGGAAUAUUGCAAAUAACAGAGCAGUGGAACUCGUAUAUUCCUAAAAGUAUUGGAUAUAAAUGGGUUAUUGCGACUAUAGUAUGGUGGUUUUCGUAUACCAUAAUUUUCUUAAUAAAUUGGAUAAAACAAAGAUUUCUCGCAAGACCAAUGAGUUUAUUGAAAUCAUGUUCGGGGGCUGAACUGUCACUUAUAGUGUUUCAAGAGGAAUUUUAUGCACAUUAUGUUCAUGGGAGAAAUGAGGACUUUGACAGCAGUAUGAAUUUUCCGGGCCCCCUUGCAACAUGUCGGGUCGUGUGUGCAACACAAAUAAGAACUGUGUACAAAAAACUUGCACACAAUGGUAACGGUAAAUAUUACUCGAACCGUCUACUCUUAUCCAAGUUCCUUUCGGCUUUCUUUGAAAGGGCUCUUGAUGGUUUAAGUUGGGUGGCGAUUGAACGUACACUACUAGAGAGACUUCUGGAUGUAGAGUUAACAAACAGCGAAGGAAGCAAUGUGAGCACUUUGCUGUAUGACAUCAAUGACAACACGCCAUCUUGUUUGGCUUUAACAUGGUGGGGUGAAGAAUGGACGCUGGCAACAUUCGACUGUAUGUUAUUUGGCUCGAUUUUCGUUGGUACUAAUAAUUUGUUACUUGCAGCUAUAACAACAAUUCUAAUAUACCAAAUGCUGAAAGAAUUGCGACUGUGGUUUGGGUCUAGGAAUCUCAAGCAAAAAACUGGCAUUAAAGUCGAAUAAUGGACACGGCCUUGACAAUUCUUAUUUUUCAAAUAAAUUUCAAUAUAAUUCCAAUACCACUUGCUGCUUCUGCAAAUACAGCCGUUGAUGUUUUAUCAUUAAGAUUAUCUUCUCCAGCGAAACCUACUGGUCCAUUCUACAAUCUUAUUACCAAUAUUUGUGAAGUUCUAUUAGAAGACUUUUCCAAUUCUAGGAUUCCAAGAUACAUGAAAGUACUUAGCAAAAGUCUUAAACGUUUGGGGUCUGGAUUUUUACUCAAAUUACAGAUAAAACGAUUUCGAAAACAACUUUUAAAGCUGUCAUCAUAUACUGGCAGAAUAAUCAGACCAAAAAUAAAACAAUUUAAAAAUUUAAUUGCAGAGGAAAAACCACUUCGAAACGAAUUAUUUGUGGCUUUAAAUAAUAUUUUUACUGUUUACCAAGACAACAAAAUGGACGAUUAUAUUCAUUAUUUAAAAAAAUAUGGAUAUAAGAGGAAGGAAAAUAUUUAUGUGAGAACUAGAAGGCUUUUUGAAGAUUUAAUAUUUCGUACAAUAGAGAAACAAGACGAAAGUGUUAAGGAUGAUAUUAAAUUGAAAUUUAAAUUGGCAGUCAUUGAAUACAUGGAAGGCGAAAAUCUAAAACGUAAUAAUUGAAAUUAAAUUGAUCGUUGAUUGGAAUGCACUCCGUAAAAUUAACAAAAUACGAUUAAUAUUGCUUUAUUGAAAAUGUGGUCUUAUUUUAUAUUACUGAUUUUUCUUAAUAUUUCUAACAGUGAGAACAUACCAAAAACAGAUAAUUUAAAACAUUCGUUGAAACAAAUUAAUCUAAACAUCGCUAGAUCAAAAGACAUCUUUGAAUCAUUUCUCAAGGAGCUUUUAGAUUUACUCACAACGCCCGAAUUUCAAGCAAAGAAACUAAAAAAAUAUUGCAAGAUUUUAUAUAGAGAAUUAAGAUAUUCCGAAUAUCGCAUUGCCAGGAAAUUUGGCAAACAUUUUAAAAGUCUCUGUCGAAAGUAUCAAGAUGAAUUAAUCGGAGAACUCGAGUUUUAUAGACGAGAGCUUGAUAAAACAACAACACUCAGAGCUGAUUUUUUCUCAGCAAUUAACGAAGCAUUUACUCUUCAACAGAGAGCUCUCUUCACCGAUUAUUUGUAUGAUUUGAGAGAUUUUGGUACUGACGAUAAACUAACAAUAUAUGAAGAAACAAAGAAGCUAAUUAACGAUAAUAUUAUUGGAAGCAUUUUAAAGUUAAAUUCAAAGGCACAAAACGACAUUGCCUUGAAAAUAAAAAAGGUGUUAAAGGAAUUCAAUUCACGGAAGUAAAAAAUAUUUCUCGUUCUAAACCUAGCUUUUCUCUAUGACUUGUUCACGAAUUAUUAAUUGCAUAUAGAUACAUAUUUCAUAUGCAUCCCAAAGCCAGUAACCCCACUUAACUAAACAAUAAUAAAGUAAAUAAUUCAAUUGGCCCAUCCUUUAAAAACAUAUGUCAUCAACAAUAGACGAAACCCAAUCCCGAUGGAUCUAGGUCCUGUAGUUUCUGUGUUAAUAAAAAAAUAGUUAUUA